AUGCAAAUUUCUAAAAAAGCUCAUUCAUCUUUAAAUCUAGCGGGCAACGAUUCAUUGUUAACUCCAGAUAAAAAACCUACUGCACAUAAUGUUAAUAAAUCAUGUAAACAAGAGGAAAGUACAACAAAAGAGACUAUUGAAGUGGAUGUGUUAACUUAUAAUCAUCCACCUAAUAUAUAGAAAUUGAUUCCUGUUUCUAAUAUAUUUGGAGCUUACAAAAGAGUUAAGAAUGUAAUAACAAGAACACCUACUUAAAAAUCAAUAAAAUUAUCAGAAUAAUUUGGAGCUAAUAUUUAUAUAAAACGAGUAAAUAAAAAAUAUAUAAAUUUAGGAAGAUUUACAAAUAGUUAGAAGUUAUAAAUUAAGAGGUGCUUAUAAUAAAAUAAUAUCAAUACCAGAGAGUGAAAGACAUCGUACAGUAUUUUGUUCUAGUGCUGGUAAUCAUGCAUAAGGUGUUGCAUAUGUUUGUAAUCUAUUAAAAAUAAAUUGUAUAAUAUAUAUGCCAACAAAUGCACCAAGUAUUAAAGUUAAUGCUGUUAAGUAUAUAUGAUUAAAUAAUAAAAAAAGAUCAUGGGGAAAAUAGUAUGUUAAAAUAGAGUUAGUAGGAGAUACUUUUGAUGAGAGUUUUAGAGCAAGUAAAGAGAAAUGUAAUAAUGAAAAUGGAAUAUAUGUACAUGCAUUUGAUGAUGAAAAAAUUAUCGAAGGUUAAGGAACAAUUGCUGUAGAAAUAUUAGAAGAUAUUUAAGAGAAUAAAAUUGAUUUUGUAUUCUUUCCUGUUGGAGGUGGAGGAUGUGGAGCAGGAAUAUCAUCAUAUUUUAAAUAAGUUAUGCCUGAAUCAAUAUUAAUAGGUGUUGAACCAGAAGGGUAAUUUAUAUAUAUAUAUAUUAUUAAUCUAGUUCGCCUUCUAUGUAUGAAGCAAUUAAAUAAUAAUAAGUUGUUGAAUUAGAUACUAUUAAUACUUUUGUUGAUGGUGCUGCUAUUAAAAAAUCAGGAGCAAUACCAUUUGAAAUUUUAAAUUCUGUGUUAAAAGAUGUUGUAUUAGUACCUGAAGGACAUGUUUGUACAACGAUGAUGAAAUUAUUUAAUGAAGAAGGUAUUCUUGUUGAACCUGCAGGUGCACUUGCAAUAUCUGCUUUAGAUAGAUUUAAAGACUAAAUUAGAGGCAAAACUGUUGUUUGUCUUAUUUCUGGUAGUAAUAAUGAUUUAGGAAGAAUGACUGAUAUUAGAAUGCUUUCAGAGAUUCAUUAAGGUUUAUAAUAUUAUAUGUUUGUUAAUUUCUUUUAAAAACCAGGAGCAUUAAAAUAAUUUAUUAUUUAAUGUUUAGGUACUUCUAUUUAAAUUUUAUUAUUUUAGGACCUACUGAUGAAAUUACAAAUCUGGAAUAUACCAGAAAAAAUAACAGAGAAAAAGGUCCUGCUUUAGUCGGUGUGAAAGUUAAAAAAGCUUAAGAUUUUGAAGCUAUUAAAAAUAAAAUGGAAGAAUUAAAAAUUACACAUAGAAUUCUAUAACCAAAUCAAGAGAUCUUUAAAAUGUUAUUAUGA